AUCUAUUUUUUUACUUUUACUUUUACUUUUAAUUGAAGAAAACUUGGCACAAAAUUUAUGCAUUUUUUGGCACUUUAAAAACGAAAAUCAUGAACAAAUCCGACUCGAAGAAACUUGUGGCUUCCUCAACAGACAAGAAGCAGCAUGCACCCGUCUGCCCAAAGCGGAAGUCCGUAAGAAGGAUCCAUGGCCAGAAGCCAGCGCAAUUCCUCAAUCCUUCCACCAUUCGACGCAUUUGUCGCCUGCCGCCAGAAAAAAUGCAGCCCAAUACGAAUGCGAAGGUUCGGUACCGCAAUCCUGAGUUCAGGAGAGUCGAUGAUCCUGGCGCUGUGUCCGCUUGCAAUGUUUGCGAAGAGGUGGUCCAUACCCCGCGACGGUACAGUGACAAAGUUGAGCAGGCAACCCAAACGGAGCCAAGUUGCAGUGGCAGCUUAUUUGGCGAUCAAUCCAGCCAGAUGUCCAAACAGUCCAAUCGGAUGUCAGGCGAGUCUAGCCAGGAGCUCCACUCAGACGCCGUCGCAAACUCCAGCCAGGCGGCAGCCUGAGAUGGGUCACCAAACGUUCCAGGAUCACAAAGCCGCAUCGUCGCUACUAAAAUGCACCUUCUGUGGAAUAGAAAGCGUGUUCCAAGGUGCUUUCGAUGGUUCAUCCUUUGAGUGGGCGUUGGGGAGGAGGAGGCAGCUCUAGUUGUGUGAUUUUUUUUCCCGCUCUUCCAUUCCACUUGGUGUCACGUAGACUUUUCGUUAGCUUUGAGUUUUCAGUUACAGGGCAGCGGAGGAGGGAGGUGGCGGCAAUCACCAAAUAAAAAGCCAUCGGACAGUUGCUGAGCUCAGUUUCAAUUUUCACUUAAAACAAAGUUGGGGCAAGGAUGUGGAUGCGGACAUGCGGACAUGGGAAGUUGCUGCUGCUGUUGCUGCUGCUGCUGCUGGGUUUUUGUAAUCAGAGCAAAAGUAUAGACGGGGCAGACACAUGACGGGAACUGCUUCGCUGUUGUCUGUCCUCUGCCCUUGGCUUACGUGAUUUCAGACAUCCAAAUCACGGAUCGGGUUAAGAGCCCCAUCGUUAUCCACAAAUCCAAUGGAAAAAAGUAAGCCAGAAGGCAGCCUGGCUGCGAUUGAGGACGCAUUUGAUACCCUUGCUACGCUGUUGAUCAAAAAUAAAUAAUAGAGAAUUCCUUUUCCAAUGUGGAAAAUCUUUCUGCAGGCGGGUGCAUCCUUCAAUGGGCUUUAAAGGGUACACAGAAAACGGAGUAAAUCAAAUGGAAAACAAAAGAAAGCUUGCCAAAAUCAGCAAAAGGAAAUAAACAGAGGCGCGGAGUGAACGGAAAAAGUUUUCUGUGUGUGUGUUUGUGUGGCUCACGUGACAUUUGUUUUUGGCAAGUGUCCUGCUCUCCUCGUUGGGGACCAAAUCAGCGAAGCGAACGUACCUGCAACGAAGACAAUUGGGGAAGAGAGAAUUAGUUGGAUGCGACCAUAGAUUUUAUAUUUAAAGCGCUUAAAGUACAGAAAUCCCUGAAAUCGAUUAUUUGCCCUUUUGGUUCCACUUAUGCGAGCGGAAAGAAAAUCGUUUAUGGCUCACAGACACAUCGCUGACUGUCCCACAGUUCAUUGGAAGCCAUGCUGUUGCAUCUAACCAUCUUGCUGUUUUUCUUUGGGAUGAUUUCCCACGCCAGGACGAAGCCAGCGAGCUGUCCGCUUGGCUACAAAUUCAACAUAUUCUCGCAAUGCGAUCGCGUCCCCUACAAGGCGGGCAAGUGAAGAAAGCAGCCCCACUCCAGCACCCACAAUAAAUUGAUUUUAUAUUUAAAGUGCUUAAAGAACUAAAA